AGGACGUCACGGCCGGCGGGCACGCGCACGUACACACGCCGACGUCGCGGGCUCGCGAUGAGGGCAGGGCGGGACGGCAAGCUGAGGUGUGCGCGGAGAGCUGAGUGAUUAUGUGGACCUCUUGAUCAAUUGGAAUAUUUGAUCAACCAAUACACUCUUGGUCCCACAGAUGCCAGGUUGGUCUACAUAACUCUUAGUACUGCAUGGAAGUGGUUGAUCUUCAAGUAGGAGCUCGAACAGUAAACAAGCUAUUCACUUCGAAAACUGCAAAGUCGAAUCCAGCCCUGCCGUUGUGUCACUUUGUUCAACUGAUUUAUAUUUUAAUUCAUGCAGUUUCCAACACCAGAAUACAGAUGGAAAUCCUGACUGAGUUUUGUUCCUUCAGUGUGGCAAAGCAUGCGGACAUCAUUGAACCACACUUUUAAUUGUCCAUUCCUGGUUGUGCUGAAUAUGCCAACUAACUUACUGUAACUGAGUCAGACAUGUUGAUAUGGAACUGGAGACACAUAGGACAGACUAGAACCAUGUGGAUAAUUGAGAACACUUUGAUUGAUCCAGAAGGAUAAGCACUUGAGACAAAUGGAUACUGAAGCACAAAACAGACCAAAAGACCUUGUCUUACCCAGUUCUACACCAGAAUUGACAGAGCCGAUUUCUUAUGUGGGACCUGCCAAAUAUUAUCUCUGUGGCUACUUUGCAGCUUUCAAUAACAUUGCCAUCACCUUCCCCAUUCAGAAAGUGCUGUUUCGACAGCAGCUAUAUGGACUAACAACGGUGAAUGCUAUCCGGCAGCUAAAGCAGGAUGGCUUUCGCAAUCUCUACAGAGGAAUUCUGCCACCACUCCUGCAAAAGACUACAACUGUGGCAUUGAUGUUUGGCUUGUAUGAAGACUUCUCCUGUCUCUUGAAGAAAACAAAUAAUGCUCCAGAGCUGUUCAAUCAGAGUGUGUCUGCAGUAUUGGCGGGGACUGCAGAAGCAGUUCUGACACCAUUUGAGAGGGUACAGGCUUUGCUACAGGAUCGCAGACAUCAUAACCGAUUAAAAAAUACCUUCCAUGCCUUCAAGGUUUUGAGAGCCUAUGGUAUUAAAGAAUAUUACAGAGGCCUUGUACCCAUCCUUCUCCGCAAUGGACCCAGUAAUGCAUUGUUUUUUGCUUUGCGAGGGCCUAUCAAGCAGUCCCUGCCAGAAGCCACUACAUAUAGUAUGAAUGUUCUCAAUGACUUCAUCUGUGGGGGGUUUCUGGGGUCACUGCUCGGAAUAAUAUUUUAUCCAAUCAAUGUGGUGAAAGCACGUAUGCAGUCACAGGUUGGAGGGGAAUUUCAGAGUUUUGCAAAAGUCUUCAUGAAAAUCUGGACUGAAAGGGAUGGCAAAGUGUCCCACCUAAUGAGAGGUGUGCACCUCAAUUAUCACCGGUCAAUUUUAUCAUGGGGCAUAAUAAAUGCAACCUAUGAGAUUUUGCUUAAGGUGCUCUGAGAGAACCUUUUGGUGUCCAUUGCUUAACUUGAGUAUCAUUUUCAGCUCUGUAUUUCAGUAUUUAACAUUUUGUCUCAAACUAUCUGUCAUGCAGAAUUUCUCUUUGUCACUUUGUCACUUUGAAGCAACUUAUUUAUUGUGGAGGAAAACAAAGUUCAACUUCAACUCUGAGACCAGAUGGCCAUUUGCAAAAAAUACUUUGAAUAAUUUUUGAAGAUAUUGGGCUUUUGUUUCAUAUUGGUGGAGGAGUAAGAGUCUCAAGCCAAGUUGAGUGACAGUGGCAAGUGUUUCAAAGUAACAAUUCCACUCCCCUACCUCAAAGAGGAUGGUUCACAGCCCUUCUGAUUUUACUUCCUCCCCUCCUAUGCUUUGUUGUUUUUUUUCCAGAAUGUUUAAACCUCUAUUCUAACUGAAAACUUUUUUGUGUAAUCUUAAAAGAACCUGGGUUAUUUUUAAUUGAAAUGAAUUUCUUUUUUCCAGGCAUGGUAUGGUGUCUACCUGUUCUUUCUUCACUGUUAGGUUGUCCUAAUUGUUCUACAGCUUCAACUUGCCUUUAAGAUGGUUUAUAUACAAUACAUUACUGAAUGUUUGGCUAACAUUGUAUACACCAUACAUUGUUUUGGUUACCAUGUGAUAAUUUGGAAUCACAUCUGUAUUGUAUGUGUUUGCCCAAUUUUGAGCAGGUAGCUUAGUGCUGUUUCUGUUGCCCUCGUGUAUCACUCAUUGAAAUGCGCAGUCCAGGGUUCUGGUCAAAGUUGUUUUCAAGUGGCCUUUAAUUUUUAAUUUUUUUGUUACAUUGGUAGAAGAUAUUGCAAAAGAUGUCAAAAAUAUGAAUUCUAGUGCAAAGUUCUGUGAGCUCUUAAUUUCUUUGAAGCAAUCUAGCAUAAUGUAAAUUCGCUUCUGAAGUCGAGUCCACGUGCUGAACAACUUGUCUGAUGUGUGUAUAUAUAUAUUACAUUUUUAUCUUGAAUACUUAAUCAACUUUUGCACCUUUUGCUGAAAAUUAUAUUAAAAUGAAUAUAUGUACUUGGUGGUCGAUGGUCAGAACUUCAGCUUUCAUUUAGUCUUUCUUCAAAUUUUUUUCAUUUGAACAAACAUCAAAGCUUUUGUAAAACCCAGUCUUGUUGUCUUCACACUUCUUGUCUGAGAUGAGCUUGAUGGUGGAGGUGUGCUCCUAGCAACCCUCCCCUACAAACUCUUCCAAAUUUACCUGGGAAUUGCUGAUUUCAGUGCUUCCAUUUCCAUGAUUUUAACUGCAUUAAUUUAUUAUAUUAAACAAGUACAGUAUAAAAGAUCACAUGUUAAGACACCAAAGGUUAAUCUCCUCAGCCUCUGCCUUGCUCAACUUCAACAAUUAGCAGGAAAAUAAUUGGGCAGCUUAGACACUUGUAGGUUUCAAAACAGAAAGCAAACUGCAAUGCUACUUCUGUGUAAUUUUGGGUGUCAUGCCAUUUUGCUCUCUUAACCACUAGGGAGCAGUAAGUCUAUUUAGAGCUCAAUACAUGAGUAAUUGCAAUAACCCUCCAGUUGCAUAACUUGCCUUAACCUCUGAGUAAGGUACAGUUCAUUCUGCAUAGUGCAUGAGAAAUUGGCAAAUUACUUAGUGGUUAAAUGAAUACAGUGUCCUAUUGACACAUGGUACACAUCUUUAUACACCAAAGUGAAGGUGAUCAGUUGUUAAGAGGUUUCUAAAGACGAUAGAGAAAUGUAAUGAGGCAGAAAGGUUUGGAACAAGAGCUGCAGACCCUGACAUUUAAAUUCCUGAUGGGACUAAGUGAUGGGAGGAAGUGAAUGAAUAAUCAUUCUAAAUUGAAUAUGGUGAAAACUG